ACUAACUGCGAUCCAGAUACGAGGAAAAAGCGGCUGGCGCUAUUUGAAGGUUUCUUCCGACAGUGUGUAACCAUUGUGCCUUCCGAUGAGGUUAUGCAACAACGGCAUGCUCGACAUCUGCGACAGAACAGGGGAGAAGGAACGGCUGCAGUACCUAUCGAGACAUUCUUGGAGCUGAAAGCUGUCAUGGAGAUGCCAGUUGUGUCUGAGUUCCUUGAAAGUGUAAUUUAUGUGGAUCCUGCUAUGGAGGAUGCUCAGAUUGCCAUAGAUCGGAUCGCCAAAUUCAACGAAGAAGGGCGGCCUUGGUAUUCUAGCAAGUAUAAUAAGAAAAGAGGCUACUGGAGCGGCACUUAUGGUGAUGAGCCAUACAGAAAACCAUCAACAACGACUUCAACAAGCACAACGACUACGAAUCGUGUUCAAACAACUAGCGCUGUGGGCAACACCGAAAGGACUAGUACGGAUACUAAUCACAGUACAGUGGGAACUACCGUAAACAUCUCGCCAGUGGCUUCAGCACCUGAUAUCAGUAAGGUGGGUGACUCCGUACACUUUCUAGUCUCCAUUUACAAGGCGCCAUCUACAUUAUAA